AUGGCGUCGCCACCACCACCAUCGGGAAAACCCCAUCUCACAUUCCCGCAACAGCCCUCAAAAGCCCGGAAAAUUCCAAGCAAGCCCCAAUCGACCUCCGUCUGCAAAACCCUCGCCGUCCUCGCCCUCCUCCUCGCCGUCCCGUUCUUCCCCUCACAGGCGCCGGAUUUCUUCGCGCAGACCGCCGUUUUAUCACAGUUCUGGGAGGUCAUCCACCUGGUCUUCAUCGGAAUCGCGGUUUCCUACGGCUUGUUCUGCCGGAAAUCCGAGGAUCUCGAGAUCUCGAGUUUCGACGACGCCGACGCGUAUUUAUCGGGUAUUUCUCGUUUAUCCUCCGUUUUCGAAGAUGGGUUGGGGAAUGUAUGUUGUGGGCCCGACGGGCCUGAGUUCAAUGCUGUGCAGGGCUAUUUUCCUAAUUGUCAGUGUUUUGGGGGUCAGUUUGUGGGUAAAAGUAAUAAAUGUGUGGUUCAUGGGGGUAAUAGUAGAAAGAUUAGAUCUUUCGUGCAGAAAAACGGUGGUGAGGAUGAUAUUGCUGCUAGUUUUGGUGAUGCGGAAAAUGUUAUAAUGAAUCAGACUUGGAAUUCAAAGUACUCAAAGAUUGAAUCUUUGGUAGUUGUUUCUGAUGGGGAUAAUGUUCUCAAGGGGAGUCUUGAUUAUAGGCCCUUGAAUUUGCCUGUUAGGAGCCUGAGAUCUGAUAUUGUUGAGAAUGAUAAACCAGAGUUGCAGAAGAAAGACGAUUCGAGUCCUAUGUUCGAGUCUAAGCGGAAAAAUGGUGUGAAGGUCAAGAAGAUCAGAAGCUUGGGGCCCACGAACUUGGAGAAGAAAUUCGACGAGCCCAAUGGGUUUUCGUUCAUCCCCUGGCAGUCGAGAUCUGGAAGGAUGGAAGAGAAAGAUGAGUUGUGUAAGCCCAAGCAAAAUGUGCAUUGUAGGCCUCACUCGAAUGGGGACUUUGAGUUCGAUCAAGUUGAGCCCCGAUCUAAAAAAGUUCUCAAACUUUCUGGUUCUCCUGAACAAGGAACAUCGAAAAUAGAGGACGAAAAAGAGAUUAUGGCCCCACGUCAGAAAAUAGCGCCCUCAAAGGAUGAAACUUUGAUUAACAGCUCAAGGGCUCGACCGUUUAGUGUUGGCUAUAAUAAUAGUUGUGAGGAAGAUAAAUUUGGAAAAGGCAAGAAGCAGAUUGAAUUCUUUGACUCGGAUGUGAAUGCGUCGUCCGGCUUUGGUAAAGCUUUAAUAUCUAAAGCUAAAUCAGUUAGGACGAAGAAAUCGAGUAAAUAUGCUGUAGUAGAUGGGAAAGAAGAAAGCUCGAGCCAAAUUGAUGCCGAGCUCGAGAGGCUGUGUAGUAAUGACUUUGGAGAUAAAUCUUUUGAGAAAAGAGGAAAAUGGGAAGAGCCUGAGAAAAAUCUGGUUAAACAUGAAGAAGAAAGAGAAACUGACCGCCAUUUUUUGUUGGCCAAGCCAAAACUGAAAAUACCUGAUUUUUUUGGUGAUGAGAAAGAAGAGAUUGCCAAGCAAAUUGUCAUGGAGUCUGAAGAUGAAUUGGAAGACGAUAAUAAAAGUGAGUUUGAUGAGAGUUGUGAUGAAAGUGAUUCGAAAACGAAUGUUGACUUUGACUUGGGGAGUGAAGUUGACCGAAAGGCUGGCGAGUUUAUAGCUAAGUUCAGAGAGCAAAUUCGACUCCAGAAAGCUUCGUCGGUAGAUGGAUACAGCCGGGAAUUUCUGUGA